AGUGUUACACCCGUCUUUCAGCCCCAAAAGCCUAUGCACGCCCAUAGCUAGCCAGAGAGGUUCGUUCGCCACCGCACGGCGCGCUCUGCUUCCCGGAAGCUUCUCCGGUAUCCAGCCAAGCCAAGCCAUGCACCGGCCGGCCACCACCACCACGUACGCCGGCACGCCUCCCGAUGCAUGCACGCGCCAGGCGAGCGCUAGCCUAGCCUAGCUGCCCAUCAUCGUCAUCAUCAUCUCCAUGAUCUCCAUGCACGCACAGGCCACAGCUAGCGAGCUGAGCUCGCCGCUUUGCCGCUUUCUGACAAAAUUCCGAGCCCUUUUUGUCGAGGGCACUGAAAGAGAGGAGACGACGAGGAGGACGGGAAGGAGGAGGAGGAAAAGGGCCGAAAAGCCCCGGGUGGGUGGGUGUGCCCGGGCGAACCGAAUCUUGGCAUUUCUAGGGAUUCUGAUGAGAGGAGCCGCUCUAGCUGCUUUUACGGUCUUUUUUGCCUUGCCGGACGAGCAGAGCCAGGGGAGCGUGUCCUUGACGAGACCGACCCGCCACCAAUACCCAUACCAGGCUACCCCCCUCCGUGUGCGGGAGAGAAGCUUCGGCGCUGCUUCCUCUGCUCCUUGCCGCCGCUAUUAAUAGCCUGCGUACGUGGUCAGCUGCUCACUCACAGCCAGCUCAGUGUAAGUUAGUUAAAUUCACGGCGGCCACGUACUGAGCCUCAGCUGAACUUACACGAGUGUUCGAAGUGAGCGUGCAUUGCCACGGUUAUGGAUUUGAAGAGGGUUCUUGACGUGGUGGAGGAGGAGGUGGUGGACGGCGACGAGGAGGAGCUCGCCUCCCCGGACGCCAAGCGCCGUCGGACGCUUCUCAACAGCAGUAGCUCGAUGCAGGAGGCCAUUGGCGCGCAGUACAUGCAGAGGCAUCUUCCCAAGCUGGAGCCGUUCCUGCGCAGAGUUGUGCAGGAAGAGGUGCACAAUGUUCUUAUCCGCCACAUUGAUUCCGCACACAGGCUUCCUCUUCAACUAAAGACGAGCAGUAAAAGGUACAAGCUGCAGUUCCAGGGCAACCUGCCUCAGACCCUGUUCACAGGCAACAGGGUGGAAGCAGAGAACAAGCAGCCACUUCGAAUUGUUCUCACUGACGCUGUCAACAACCAGACGAUCACCUCUGGCCCCUUGUCCUCCAUGAAGGUUGAGCUCCUCGUUCUCGACGGCGACUUCAACGCCGACGAGCGCCUGGAACACACUGAGAAGGAGUUCAGUGAGAGCAUAGUCUUCGAGAGAGAAGGCAAGAGGCCACUGUUGUCCGGUGAGGUGAUCAUUGUGCUUGAGAAAGGCGUUGCUUCUGUCCGCGACAUCUCUUUCACGGAUAACUCGAGCUGGAUAAGGAGCAGGAAGUUCAGGCUGGGUGCGAGGAUGUCCCGGGCCAGCUCGAUCGAAGAGAGAGUGCAGGAAGCUGUGAGCAAUCCUUUUCUGGUGAAGGAUCACCGUGGUGAAGUUUACAAGAAGCAUCACCCUCCUGCACUAGCCGACGACGUAUGGCGUCUUGAGAAGAUUGGGAAAGACGGUGUUUUCCACAAGAAGCUCGCCGACUUUGGAAUCCACACCGUUCAAGACUUCCUCAGGAACCUGGUGAUGGAUCAAAAUGGACUGCGCGGGUUACUUGGGAGUGGAAUGUCCAACAAAAUGUGGGAAUCGACGGUGGAGCAUGCCCGGGAGUGCGUCCUGGACGACAAGCUUUACUCCUACUGCAGCGGGCACGGGAUCAUCCUGCUCUUCAACUGCAUCCAUGAGAUCGUCGGGGUCAUAGUCGGGAGCCACUGCUUCACGUUGAAUGUUCUCACCGCGACGCAGAAGGCACUGGUGGUGAAGCUGCAGCAGGACGCCUACAAGUUUCCCAACCGCAUCGUGGAGUUCAAGCUGCAGUCCCAGUGCGCCGCCGACCAAUCGCCGCCGAUGCCUGCGGGUCCAUCGUGCACGCACAUCCCCAGCCUUCCUCGAGAUGAACCAAACCUACAGGACGACGGCCUGCUGAACCCACUGCAGCAGCUGCCGCUGGGCGAGGCCCUGGAGGAUGUCCUGCAGCUGCAAGCGACGAGCGGCAGCCACCAACAUCACCGUGCUGAGCCCUGGAUCACGAGCGGUUUCGACGCGAGGGACCCGUUCGACGCGCUGCAGUUCAGCGGCUCGUCUCAGCCGUGCGGGCUGCUGCUCUCCAGCACAGGGGCCAGGUUGUGAUGCAUGGCCGCUGAGUCAGUCCGGCUAACUUGCCUGCUAACACUCACAGGGGAGACGGUGCAGAGAGUAGAUGCUGUAGUAGUACUACAAUUGUUAGGAUGUGAGAUCUUGGCUUGUUUUUUUGAUGCGACAAAAGCACUGGUCUGGAGUUUCUUAAUGUUAGAAACCUGAAUCUGAUGUAUCUAGUGCUCACUGUUUAGACGUUUGUUAUGUUUAGUGUCAGUUUUUCCGAAGGCAAAGGGUGUCCACUUGUAAUAUUUUUUCUGCUCACAAAGGACAGUGCGAUGGAAUAAACUUGUAAUCUUUCUCUGCUCGCAGAGGACAACGAGAUGAAAUAAACUUGUAGUCUUUCUUUCUCUGCA